GUGUGGGUGCAGUGACGCAGUCGCGGGGGCAAGCAUGGCGGUUCGGUGCGUGAGGCUCUCGGGGCGCAGUCUCCCGGCGUUGGCGCUGUCUCUCAGGCCUUCUCCUCGCUUGUUGUGCACACUUACAAAACAGACAAACAGUGGCCAGAACCUGGAAGAGGACUUGGGUCAUUGUGAGCCAAAGACAGAGCAGCCAUCUGCAGACAAGACCCUCCUGGAAGAGAAGGUGAAGCUAGAAAAGCAGCUGAGGGAGACUAUGGAAAAAUACAAACGGGCUUUGGCAGAUACUGAGAAUUUUCGGCAGAGAAGCCAGAAGCUGGUAGAGGAGGCCAAGCUGUUUGGCAUCCAGGGCUUCUGCAAGGACUUGCUGGAGGUUGCAGACAUCCUGGAAAAGGCAACCCAGAGUGUUCCAAAGGAGGAGAUCAGCAACAAUAAUCCUCACUUGAAGAUCCUAUAUGAAGGGCUAGUCAUGACUGAAGUCCAGAUUCAGAAGGUGUUCACAAAACAUGGCUUGCUCAGGCUCGACCCCAUCGGGGUCAAGUUCGACCCUUAUGAACACGAGGCUUCGUUCCACGCCCCCGUGGAGGGGAAAGAGCCAGGCACUGUGUCAGAAGUUAGAAAGGUGGGUUAUAAGCUGCAUGGACGUAUCCUCAGGCCAGCUGUGGUGGGGGUAGUGAAGGAAGCUUAGCUGCCUUCCUUAGGGCUCUGGACUUUGUAAGUCACUUGCUAGAACUUGAAAGGCAGAGGCAGGCUUGUAAUUUCUCAUCUGUGAACACAUCUGACCCUUGCCCAGCCUUUUGGAAAUUUUAAGUAAGCUAAGCAGAACACAAAGCUGCUUGCAUACUAUCAGGGACUCUGGGAGCCUGAUCACUGAGUUUAGCAUCACCUACUUCAGAAGAGGGCCUCAGGAGUAGUAACACUGUAUCUGUUCCACCUCGUGAUUGAUAAGUACUUUACACAAAUAAAAGGUCUUUGGCUACAUCUGUGCUGCACAGUCUAUCUCUGGGUGCCAAGGCUCUGGUAUCACUCAGCAUGGUGGGGUUCCUUCAAAGAGAAGGGCCAGAGUGGGAACAGUGUUCUUACCAGCAAAGCUAAGACCUUCAAGAGCAUGAAUUCCUUCGUAGGUAGGAUUUGGCUGCUGUAAAUGGCAGCCUUUGAACUGGGAACCUGAACUUGAACAUACUUAGUUUUUUCUCUGCUUCCAGUUUUCUCAAUAUUUAAAUCUAUAGCUAAGUAGUGCUAAAGAAAUCAUACGCUAUCAAGACAUCAUUUUGAAUGUGAAGCUGCAUAACUAGUAUGCUUCAGACAUUUCUACUUUUCAGGUUGUGGUCAAGAGCAUUAAAAAGUCUCAUCUUUUUUGUCCUCCUAGUUUUCUAGUAUUGAAUUUUAUCAUCUAGUAGAGAUCUGGUGAGCUCCUGAGGAGAAAGCCUGGCUCGCUCAGUUCACAUUUAAGCUUGGAGCUGCAUAUGCCUGGGUUGUACAUCUUGGCCUUACAUAUAAUAGAGAUUGUAGGAGAAAACCAAGGAGCCAAAGCCAUGUGGCAGAAGCUGACUUCAGACUCCCACCAGCCAAAAGGCCUGUUUCCCAUUUCAAGAGAGGGCUCAGGAAAAAAGCUAAGAAAUGGUGAUGUAAGUGAAGCUGUGCUAGAGGAACUAAGGCAUUGAUUACACCCGUGUGCAGAAGCCAGGGUAGUGCAGUAAAUGCACAGAGGUGAGGGGAUAGUCUUUUGCCAUUGAAUUUAAAAGACCAUGCUAGAAUUCAAAGUUCUGUCGUCACACAUUCUGCUUUAAGCAGCCUUGAAGUUCAAUCUCUGGAAUUGAAGGAAUUCCCAAAUUGUUCUCUGACCCCCCCACCUGUGCUUAAACACAAUAACCCAAGUUUUAAUAGUUGAACAUGGAUAGCAUUUUUUCUGUCUCUAAGUACACUGUAUGUGCAUGGCAUCCUGGAGUACGCAUAGAGUAUGUGUAGACAGUGCCUCCUGUCGUAUAAGCCACUUUUGGUACCCUGGAAGAGAGGAGGGUCCUGGAACCAAUCAGGAUGGGUAGCCUAAAUGUGGCAGAUGUUUGCAAGGUAAUCAUUAGCACUAAUGGGAGAUGCACAGAUGUGCACACAUUUCUCAUGGAAUUCAAGUCUUGCUCAGACACAUUCCAGGUACAUGUGUGAGUGUGGCUAACCAGAAUGUUAGAGGCAGCUGGAAACGAUCUUUGGCCUGGCUGGUACUCUUAGGUUCAGACUCAACUGUGGGUGUACUGCUGUCUGGCCCAUGGGGGCUUGUGCUUGGUUGACAGCAGCUUUCCACCUCGGGCAGGAAACUGGCUUGACAGCAAAGUGCUGGAGGAUCAA